UAGCACAUUUCCUGGAGCCAAAACCUGUCACGUCUCUUGUCAAAACAGGUCAAGCAGGUAAGAAUUAGGAAAUCGUGAACUGUAAGGAGGCUGGAAUUUCUCUCCUUUGCACUCAGCCAAGCGACAAGGUGAGCUGCUUGUUGCUGCUCAGUCCGUGACGGAGUGCGCGCCAGAGCUCGCCCCUCCCAUCCCAUGCGCCUCGGCUCUGAGCUCGCCAAUAAAGCGCUUUUUGUCCGGGGAGUCGGCACUUACGCGCAUUCCUUGACGUGGAGGCUGGUGUACCUCACCGGCGAGUUGAUGAGGACUGUUCGGAAGAUUGAGAAUUCACUCUGAAAAAAGUAGUGGAGCGCGCCAACCAGCCCGUCAGCGCGCACGGAGGACUUCCAGGUCUGGAAUUCACAUCGGUGAAGUAGUCUUGUUUUGGAUAAAAGUACGACUCAACUACUCCGGAGUUGUGGGGAAAGGAUACCACUGAGAGGCUGGAGUGGGAGCGAAGGAGGAAGCAUCUUCAUUGGGUCAAGCAAGGAGAGAAGACAUUCUUGCACCAUGAAGAUCUUUCUGUGUUCGUUCACGCUCCUUCUCACCAUUCCAAACGCCAUUUUUUCCAGCGAGUGCCCAGAAUACUGCUCCUGCCCAAUUCCAGACUCCAUAUUUUGUUACCAAAGAUACUCCCCUGACUUUCCCAAGGAUAUUCCUCCAGCCAUAAGGAAACUCUACUUGUUCAACAACGGGAUUGAAGUCAUCAAAUAUGAGAAUUUUAACAAUUUGAACAACUUGGAAUUGCUUGACCUAAGCCAAAAUAAGUUGAAACAACUUCCUGAUAGAGUGUUUGAACCGUUGACCUCUCUGAAAAACCUGGACUUGUCAUCCAACCAGAUACCCCACAUUUCUGAGGACUGCUUUCAUGGUUUGGCCAAGCUAGAACGUCUCUAUUUGUACAGUAAUCACAUCACGACCAUCCAUCCAGCAGCCUUUGAUGGCCUAGAAAACCUGCUUGAACUCAAGCUGCAAAACAACUUGAUGAAAACCCCAGUUAGGUUCUCAAUGCCCCAACUGUUACUUCUGGACCUCAGUUAUAACCUCUUACAAACUUUGAGCCCUUCACACCUUGAAACACCCAACUUGGAGUCCCUCAAAUUGGCUAGCGUGGGACUUAACAGAGUGAAUGACCAUCUCCUGGGACAUUUAAAGAAUCUCCAUGAGCUUGACAUUUCAGGAAACCAUUUCACAUCUGUUCCAUCAGGCGUAAAGGAAAUCCCUGGGUUGUUGUCCCUCAACAUAGCUGGAAACCCAAUGAACCCUCUAAAGCCUGAGGACCUGCAGAAUCUCAAGGAGCUGAAUGACUUGGAUAUCAGCAGCCUUGGUUUACACGGCCUCCCUGAAGAGUUUCCUCUUCUUUUGCCCAACCUCAGAAAGCUCAGAGCGGCUCAAAAUCCCUUCAAUUGCAUCUGCAGUUUAGCUUGGUUCCCAAAAUGGCUAACCGAUCAAGGCAUCGCCCUGGGAAAAACAGAAGAAACCCGCUGCCAUUUCCCUCUAAGCCACGCUAGAAAAAUAUUAAAAACAAUGAAGUACAGUGACUUUGGAUGCCCAAGUACAACUACAGUCACUACCACUACUGUCAAAAGUACAACUACAACCACUUCUGUUCCUGUCACUACUUUGCCAACCACUACUAAAGCUGGUAAAAUACACAAGGCUAUUGCCAACCCAGAUGACAGUACACCACCCUUUGUCACUGGCUCCCCCAGCACCAAAAGCUUGGACAAAAGCAAGGAGCAUUUCUGCCCUCCUCAAACCUGUUUAAACGGCGGUACUUGCCACCUUCAUGAGCAUGGACAAGUAGAAUGUACCUGUCCAUAUGGAACAUCUGGAAUGUAUUGUGAAAUCCAAAAUCCUUCUUUGCCUUCACCACCUGAACCAGAAUCUCCCAGGGCAACAGUCAUCGCAGACGAACAUGACAUCACUCUAUGUCAACCAACCAGAACCUCAAUCUGUCUGAACCUCCACCGUUACAUCGAACUGCGUCCCUAUCUCAAUGGGAUUCGCAUAACUUACAGCAACCUGUCUGGUUCAGACCAAAGACCAAGAGAGCUCAGCCUUCCAAAAUCUAUCUCUGAGUACACGCUCAGAGGCCUAAUUCCAGAUUCCGUCUACUCUAUAUGUGUCAGUCCAUUUGGUGAACCUACUGGCACAGACCGCGUCUGCACUAAAGGCCGCACAAACAGAGAACACAAUCCAACACAGAAUUUUUCCACAACUGAUGAGUCUUCUCCCUCUGUUACGCCUCCCGCUCUGGUGCCAGCAACUGCCAUCUUACUUGUCUUGGUGCUGAUAGCAAUAGCCAUCGGAGUGGUCUGCUAUAUCCGCUGGAAGAAAGGCAAAGGGCACAUGGACUUGCACUGUGAGCCGUCCCAACUCGAGCUGGAUGGAGUCAAAGCUGGCUUAGACAAUGGAGCGUUGCCUCAAAAGCAGCCACAACACAUGAACCCCGAACCUGCUGUUCAAAAUGGCGGCCUUGAAUAUGUGCUGCUUCUACAAGACCACUGUGCCUCGAACAACAUUAAGCCUUCACACAAGCCUCCCUACUUUUGACAGCUAGAUCUGAGGACACAAAGAACUUUUUUUAGCUGUGAUCCUCCUAGUGGAGUACAGGAGAUUGCUUGAAAUUGUAAGGCACAAUAUCACCAUUAGCAAAGGAGAAUUUGGACAAUAUUUAAUACACUUUGGUCAUCCUAGCAGAUAUUAGAAAGAGUUUUAAAGAAAGUUUGUCUUUGAAAUUCCCCAAAGUGCCUCUACAGUACUUAAAUAAUAUACAGAAUUAAAUUCAGUUUUUAUGUCAUGAGGCUGGGACUGAUGGUCAAAUGCCGUAGCACACUAAGGAUUAUGAGACACAAUUCCCCCUUUAUAUGUACUGCAAUUGUGCUCAAAUUGGAUUUGUUGGCUGUGUAGAUAAAAGCUUUCCGUCGAGUGUCUCUGCAGUGUCCAGUAAAUCUUGUGCUACCCCAAAAGGGAUCAAUGAAUGCUGUGAAUUAUCUUUGAGAUACCAAAUGAAGUUGAGCAAAGGAGAAAAAAAACUGUUGUAAAUGUUCAGAUCGAAAGCUAUGUUUUCUGUAAUAUAGUGUAAAAUAUGUUUUUUUUACUGUGUAAAAUUGUAAAUGAUAAACCUUCAGACUUACCCGCACUUCUAAUUUCUGUUUUUUUUUUUUUUUUUUUUUAAAUACAAGAGCCAAGAAAAAUUCAGAUUAAAAUCUUUAAAGAUUAAAACCCAUUUGGUACCAGUAAGGUGAGUUGAAAGGCUUUUCCUGGAUAUUAUCAGACAGUCUAAGUCCAAGUGAGUCUGGUCUGAGUCGAGACUAAAUCCCCUUCUCUCCGCUGAAGCCCUUGGCGGGCUUUGCCUUCACAAAAGCAGAGAUUACAACGAGGUACAAAGGGAGUCAUUUGACUGAGCUCAGCUCACCAUCCAGUGCUGUCAUGUUUAUAUACUUUACAGUAAAUGCUUAGAUAACUAGAAAUGAGGAAAACCUAAUCUUUUAUGGCUUUAUUUAUUGAUUACACUUUUUUUUGCUUCUUUAUUUGGCUGAAAACAUGUAAAACCAAUAGUUUGUGAUCUUGGUGUAAUGCACUUUUGUUUUAAUUAAAAAAGGUUGUGCUUUUGCUCACUUGCACAACUUCACAGUGCCUCUAGAGGUGCAACAAGACUUGCAGUCGGAAAAUGGUUUGAUGGAGUGAUGUGAUCCACAUCUUCAAAACUGGCGGGAAAAUGGGGUAAAAGGAAUUCUAUGUGUCUAAAAGUGUGUGUGUUUACAUCUCCGCGAUCAAGCUAGUCUUGUGCAUAAAGUUACUAUCAGUCGCUUUCUGAAUAUAUUCAAAUUCCAAGAACUCCUCAAAACCCCCCAAAACCACACAGUUUCUAAUUACCAUACAAAGAAAAUAACUUCAAACUCAGAAAUGCAACUGGAAUAUAAACUUAUUGUAAAAUAGAAAACAUUGAGGACAACCUCAAGUAUUUUUGAUGUGACUGUUAAAUUUCCCUGUUUACUUUGGGAAACUGUUGAUAUUUUGAUGUUUUUUUUAAUGUGAAUUUAUUUGUAUAAACGGAAUAAAAGUAAAAUUAUCAUUAAAUGAAUAUUAAAAAUA